GAGAUGAGGCUUUGAGCACGCCUUUUCGUCCAAGUGUUGCCAUAUCUUGUAAUCAAAUCUGGACUGGAGAAGGGACAGUCUUCGUGCCGGAUGAAGUCGAUUUCACGCGCCGCCAGCCAGUCUUGUGUGCUCUUCCCUCUAUGAGCUGGCGCCGAAUCUUGUUGGAAUAUCCAGUGCCUGUUUUUGAACAUGGUAUGAUAAACAGAUUCCACAAGGUUCGUCAGGACUGUAUUUUGAUACACAACUGCAUUCGUUUUUACACCUUUCUCACAGAAAUGUACCUCUGUUAAGCCCCAAUAAGAAACUCCCAACCAUACCAUGAGCGAGGAUGGAAAAUGACCUCGUUGGACACGCGGAAUACGGUUGUUCGCUUUAUCACUACUGUGUGCGUACACCUUAUCAUUUUGUUUGUUGUAGCUCUCUUGUACUGUAAAAAAAAUCCAUACGAAAAAAGAUUUUCCCGAUAUUUUUUUCCUGCGUACCGCUUCAACAAAGCGCGGCAUCUCUUCAGUCUCAGGUCCAUUAGACAAGCAUUCAAACGAUAUCCUGUUUUUCUUCGAUAUGCCCGAAGCCCUAAGUCUUUAUUUAACACCCUUUUCACCGUGGUUCUGCUUAACCCCAUUUGAAGGGCCAACAGUUUCUGCUUACGUUUGGUAUUUCUUUGAAUUCGCGCCUUCACAGCUUUUAUCACUGCUGCCCCUCUAGCAUGACCACCGAAACGGGAUAUGAUAAAGUUAUAUAUCGACAUUAACUGUCAGACUACUGUCAAACUCCAUAGUAGUCUGACAGUUAAUGCCGAUAUAUCGCUUUAUCAUAUCCCGUUUCAGUGGUCAUGCUAGGGGGCUGGAGUCCUAACAGACCGAGGGCAACCAAUUCUUGACCUGUCAUCUACACUAGAGUCUUCAUUGUAUCGUUUGAUGGUACGAUAAACGAAUCUUUUGGUUAUAUUAAAAUUUUUCAGUAUGUUAAAAAUUGGAAUUGGCGCGUAACCGCAACAAUGCAACGCAAUAACUGCAACACGGCCUUUUUUAAGCGUCCACUCCAUAUUUAAAAAUGAGUAAAAUUCUAAUAAGUAUACAUUUUUAUUUUCAUGAACAAUUCGAAAUUCGAAUUCAAUAAACUUUUUUGUGGCCAGCAUUCUAAAAGAAAAGUUUUUACUGUGUGACAAUACUUAUGACUUGUCUAGGUAUAUAUAGUAAUAGAUCGCUUACAACUAACUGCAUCGAGUAACGCACACGAGCAACGGUUUAAAAAUACCCCGGACAAAAAGUCCCCCAAACUACCGCGGACACUAAGGGAUCGGACAGGACAAAAGUACGCUAGAGUCCGCGAAAAAAUAGAACAUUUAUUAUGUGAUUCGGCGGACUUUAAUUCGCGGCUCGCGGCGACAAUGGCGAAAUAUUUGUCGAAGGAAUUCUUUAGCGUCUAUAGAUUUCAUCAUCAGAAAUGCAAAUAUAAUAAUCUAAACGGAUUUAUCAAAUAAUUGAGGAGGGUUGUCUAAAUCUGAAAUUAAAAACAUCCAUGUACGGAAACACAAUUGAGUAUUUUUUAAGUAGGUAUUCCCAUUUUUUUAUUGUAGAUUAGUGUCAUGUCUUCUGAGCCUACUGUUUAAGGUGAUUUCAGUGAUGUUGUUCGUAUAUUUUGCAUCGCUUUACGCUUAAGCUGUAUUAAGUUAUCUUUCAGAAAGAUCGUGUAACAUUGUUAUAAUUCAAAAUAAAAGUGAAAGCAUAAUAAAUAAUUUCCACAGUGCAAAUAAAUAGAUCAAUCUGGUAUAAAGGGAUGGACCCAGUGUUCUCUUUUAAAACAUCUUCUUUUUUCUUAAACUUCAUGUUUAAUACAAUACAUACAACGUUAUCCCAGGAUGUUGCUUCCAUAGCGUGCGCCUCACUUUUCGCGGGGCAAAUAUCCGCACACCGUGGUCCGUGACAUUUUUUUAUAAUACGGGGACGAAAGUACUCCGCGAACAAAAGUCCGUCGCCUGCGCAGGCUAUUAUACUCUCCAUAUUGAGAAAUAUGCCUUCAUAAACAUAACAUAAUUCAUACAAGUGGCAUAUUAAAUUGAACAAUAAUCGUAUACGUAAUCACCAACCAGAACUUGCUUCUUAUCUCAGUCAGUAGUACGUGAAUGAGAUAACCAAUUGUAGGCCUUCGUGCUUCGAAUGUCGAAUGAAAACCAGUAUUUAGAACGGUCGUCCGUGGCGCAGACGCACUGCACGCACGCGUACUCGCUAUUCCAAAUAGAAAACUCAAAACAAUGUUCCCAUUGCGACGCGUUGGCAGUAAGGUUUUGGAGCAAUGGCGGUCACCCAUCGCCGCCGGCGCCACUGCCUCUGCCCACAGGAAAGGUUACAGUUCAGAAGCGCCACGUCCCUUGACCUUGCUAACGGAAGAUGAACUUGCAAUGAAGGAGACUAUCAGAAAACUAGCCACAGAACAAAUUGGCCCCCUAGUGAAGAAAAUGGAGGACGAACAUCGCAUCGACGACAGCAUAAGGCAGUUACUCUUCGAUAAUGGCUUGAUGGGCAUCGAAACACCCACAGAGUACAGCGGGUCAGGAUGUGGUUUCCUCACCAUGAUGCUUGUGGUCGAAGAACUGUCCAGAGUAGACCCAGCAGUUGCAGCGUACGUGGACAUCCACAACACUCUAGUCAAUUCACUGUUCAUGAAACUGGGCACGGAGGAGCAGAAGCAGAAGUACCUCACCAAACUGUGCACGGAAUACGCUGGCAGCUUCUGUCUUACAGAGCCUACGUCCGGGUCAGAUGCCUUCGCGUUGAAAACAGUGGCAAAAAAAGAUGGUGAAAAUUACAUCAUCAACGGCUCCAAGAUGUGGAUCUCCAAUUCUGAUGUCGCUGGUGUCUUCUUGGUGAUGGCUAACGCUGAUCCCUCCAAGGGUUAUAAAGGCAUCACUUGCUUCAUAGUGGAGCGCGACACUCCCGGCCUUAGUGUUGCUAAACCCGAGAACAAACUGGGUAUAAGGGCGUCCGGCACUUGUAUGGUGCACUUUGAUAACGUAAAAGUACACGAAAGCGCCAUACUAGGAGAAUACGGGCAAGGGUAUAAAUACGCGGCCGGUUUCUUGAACGAAGGCCGUAUUGGUAUCGCGUCUCAAAUGAUUGGCCUCUGUCAGGGAUGUAUGGACGCCACUAUUCCUUAUACGCUGGAACGGAAGCAAUUCGGCAAGAGUAUUUACACAUUCCAGGGUAUCAGCUACCAGAUCGCUCACUUACAAACGCAGUUAGAAGCGGCCCGUCUGCUCACUUACAACGCGGCGAGACUCAAGGAGAACAACAUGCAUUUCGUCAAAGAGGCCGCUAUGGCUAAAUACUUCGCUUCAGAAAUUGCUCAAACCCUUACUUCAAAAUGCAUCGACUUCAUGGGUGGUGUUGGUUUUACACGUGAUUUUCCUCAAGAAAAGUUCUACCGGGAUGCGAAGAUCGGUACAAUCUACGAGGGAACAAGCAACAUGCAACUACAAACUAUAGCAAAACUCAUCGAGAGAGAAUACAAACAAUAAACUGUUGAAAACUAAAAAAAAUGAUAUUAUAACACAUUCUUUUUUAAAUCUACAAUAGGGAUGAUGACUAAUUUUUUUUUCUUUGUCUAUCAGGUAGAUGAUCAAAAAGUAUUGGACACAUAUUUUUUCCUUUUUCAUAUAAUAUAAACAUUGCAGAGAUAUAUUGAUUUGAAAAGACAUGACGUCACGUUUUGGUACAAUUUUCACUUAAAAGUGACAUAACAAGCCCUUACUUCCAAACUUUGAUGCGCUAUAACUUUGUCAUUUUUUGGUUGAUUGCACAAAGAAAAAAUGUGUCCAUAAUUUUUUGAUUAUCUAACUGACGAACUAAAUAGAAUUUCGUUUACUGUACCCCGUCAUCACCCCUAUUCAAUGUCUGCAAAUGUAAAUAUUAUAAAAUAAGGUUUAAUAUACUCAGUUGAGACUGGGUCUUUCUACAACCCUAUUGUUAAUAAAAAACAAUGAAGUUA